AAUGGUCGUCAGGUUAUGUUCUUUGGACUCCUGACACAUUAGUACACCAAAUUCUUUCACAUUUCUCGUCACUUUUCCAUUCAUAAAUGUUUUAAUUCCUUCAUUUUGUCGUAGGAUUCACAAUGAGUGAACUUUUUAACAAUUACGAGCAACAAUUCGGUACUUUAAGCGCUGAAAUCACUGCCAAAAUCUGUAAGAUCCCAAACCUUCAUGGAGAGGCUAAAAGAACUGCGGUUGGAGAUGUUGAACGAGGGUUUGACGAGGCGAAUGAGUUGUUGGAACAAAUGGAUCUUGAAAUGAGAGAAAUGAGUGGCAACGAAAAAGCAAAAAUAUCCAACAGAUUGAAAACAUACAAAAGUGAAAUGAAAAAGUUUCAACAAGAUCUUAGAAAAGCAAAAAUAGCAUUUUCAGACCAAGAAGGAAGGAAUGAACUUCUAGGUAGUGAUGACCCUCAUUGCUCAGAAGAUCAAAGAACACGCCUUCUUGAUAACACGGAGAGGGUAGAUCGCACUGGGAGAAGACUGGAAGAGGGAUAUAAAAUGUGUAUUGAGACAGAAGAAGAGCCACUCCUUGGAACCACUGUUAAAUACCCUCUACGAGGUACAGAUCAACAUCUUUCRAAAAGCUCCAGAGUACUAACUGCAAUGAUGAGAAGAGUUAUUCAGAAUAGAAUUAUCAUGGCUGUAAUUUGCCUUGUCAUUCUUGGAGUUAUUGGAAUCAUAAUCUAUGUGUCKGUAAAGAAAAAGUCGUAAGGUGUCAAAGGGGGUWURAAUUCCAGGUUCAUCUGCAUCAGUAUAUAUUUACUUCAAUAAAUAUUGUCACUURAAAGCUAAUAUGUGCAUAAAAGGUGUGUGGCCAAUAAGAAUUGCGGGUCAUUUAUGUGAUAACACUAACUUUCAGAAGAAUGCUUGCCAAGGUCAAUUAGCAACUUWGAGAAACACUCCACACAUAAUUGAAUAUUGGUAGGACAGCAUGGAAAUUACAUCCCUGUACUACAAAGUUAUUUUUGAUGCAUACUUUCAUAAUWCUUAGUUUUCACAUUGUUAGCUUUUUUGGUGACUAUGAAAGUUAAUGAAAUAUGUUAACUGUCAUAAAUGUGAUUCCAGAAAAUUUCCAUACUCCACCAUGGAGGAAAUUUGAAAAAGGUCUCUGCAACCCUCUAGAAUUUCCAAUUUUCUUCCAUACAAACCUCGUAAUAUUGUUUUUUCUUUGACCCCCCCCUGAUUUGAUUUUGAUAUCCUCCAUGAUAGGGUAUGAAUAUUUUCUGGAACUACAUACAUCAUUAAAAAAUAUCAUACAGUAUGAAAUAGUAUCAUGAUUCUCCUGUAAGUUUGAUUGGGAAAGAGCCAUCAAUAUAAACCUGUCUUUUUGGCUCUGAAUUACUGACCUCGCAAGGAGAAUCACUAUACAAAACUUAUUAAAAUUUUGAGUUGUUUAUAUUUAAUGAUGUUAGAUUCCUCCCGACUAGCUACCAAUAUAAACCCAUAUUAGUGGCUCAAAAUUUGCAAUAACUUAUGAAAAUUGUAGAUGUGCAUGUAUGUUCUAUAGACUUUCUCUUGUUUACAUAUCAUUUACCACUGUUUUUAUUAUGUGCUGAUCAAGACAAAGAUCAUGACAGGUUAAACAGUAGUCUCCUAUGCAGCCGCUAUUAGUGUCGUCACACCACACUACUUAGGGGAGUAAGCGUUGCAUGACGAAACUAAUAGCAGCUGUGUAAGAGACUAGUUAAACAGUAGAAGACUACAGUCAAUCAAAUAUAUGGUUAUGAUAUGAGUCCCAUGUUUCUUACCUACUCUUUAGCAAUAUAGUUCUUGAGCCAAAUGGACUAUUGAUGGUUUUCAUGGCUGCCAUGUUGGAGGAAUUUCACAAAAGAUUUGUCAUUAGUUAUAUCCUCCAACAUGGCUGCCGUGUCUUUUGUAAUUACAUUCUCUUGGGAAUGAUUGAAAACCAUCGAUUGAUUCAUUGGCCAUGAGGGCGAGAGGACUAAAGUGUUUUAGUCAAAACCAACUUGUUGGUCAAAUAUAUAGAUAUUGUAAACAAGUUUUGAGUUAAAGUUAAAUUUAAUGUAUUGGUUUUCAAAGCUGGCACCUGUAGAAUAUAACAGCAUUAGCACUAGUUGGAUUUGACUAAGGUGAUUUAUUUGAUUGAUGGUAGUCUAUUGCUAGUAAACUGAAUACAUAUAUCUACAUUGUGUAGUUUCAGAAAUUAUCCAUACCCACCCCACAAAGGAAUUUGGAAUUUCUGAAGAGUGGGGGGUGAGGGGGGUCAGAGAAAGAACAAAAAUUACAGAGUUUGUAUGGAAGAAAAU